CACAUGACCUUCACAUGAACACCUUAAUCAAUUUGUCUGCUCAUCCUGUGUACUUGGAACCGGCGGGCGAGCAACGACGAGUCACAAUUACCUGGAAUAAGUAGUCACGUGACCAGUAAGGUAACAAUAACAGAUCGGCAACAGCUAAACCUGCGCCAAAUGGUGCGGAAACUGUCAGCUGGGUGAAUACAAUGAAGCAGUGAGUUGUACCUGGGCAAGCGAUUUCGUAGAAAAUACUCGUGUUUUUUUAGUAUAGCAAUCAGCGAAUGUAGUAGAAUUGAUGCGACUGCCUCUGGUACUGGAGCACGAACUUGAAUUCAGCACGGAUUAAAUGACAGAGCGUGACACAGGUGAUUCUGAUCUCAUAAGCGAUUACAUUUUUGAAUAGAUCACACGUGGUUGUUACGUGGUAGACAUUGGUAUUUCUGACUAGGACAUAAGAACGAAACUGAUAUAUCGUCAUGGCAAGAUCGUUCGACUGCAGAUCAGAAGAUUUGAAGGUAUCAGACGACGAAGAAGAUUUUGAGGACGAGAUAGUUACUGCAGGUGCCGCAGGAUAUGGCCAUGGACAGCAGACAAGGGGAAAUUACGAGUUUGUAAACGAGCCUGAGUACAUUGAUCCCCGCACGCUGUUUUUCUUGGCACAAGGGUUGAUUCCACAACCAUCGUUUGUUUAUGAAGAACAGCGAGGACCGUAUAGCACACUACCCGGUGAUUACGGAUAUUACCCCGGGUACAGUGAACGAGUGCGCCCUCGACGACGAGAAAUGGGAAACACAGGAGGAGUAGCCCCGCCACCCGUAGAUGACGGCAAGGUCAAGGAGGAGUGGCUUCCCAAAGAAGUGCUGGCUCAUAGCAAAAAGAUGCAAAACCAGAAACCAUCACCAGCUAAGAAAAAGAAACAUCGCUCAAGACCAACACGUCGCCAAGAACAAUCUGACCCCAAACAACAAAGGACAAGGCACUCGUCAGCGCCAAGUACAGCUGCACCAUCACCAGGUAUUGGCAAACAGAAAGAAGAUGUGAGCACACGCCGUUCUUCUUCAUCUCAAAGGGCCAGUACUAAAAAAACAUCUGUUCAACCUCAAAGAAAACCUCAACCGGACAUAAUCCCCAAUCUGCUUCCAACUAGGAGUAAACUAAAGGUUGUAGCUUCUAAACAACGUAAAACGGAUGCAAUGACGUCCCAGAAUAAAUGCAUUCCGAUGAGGUCGACCACAACAAACUCUCCGGAUCCCAACGUGGAAGCCAAUAAUACAGAAUUGAAUAUCCCAAUGAGAAAUGCGAAUGAAUUACUUUCACCAGGACAUCAAGCAGAAUUGCCAUUAGAGAAGACGAAAACAAAGAUUGAUGAUAGUGGUGACGGCUGGGAAAUGGUCACAGCGCAAAAGAAAAGGCAGCAGAUACCGACAAUGACCAAAGACAAAGUUCAGCAAUAUCAACCUGAUAUUCAACACCCAAUAACACCGUUGGAGGUGAACAAUACAAAAAACAAAAAACUGCCAAGAUCCUCAGUUGUAAGUUCAAACAAUGGUAAUGACGAAUGGAAAGUUGUAGGAGCGAAUAUGAAGAAUAAAAAGUUGCCAAUUAUGAAACCAACUUUGGAAUCGCUAUCACCAUCAUUUCAAAACAUGUUGAAGACGCACGAUUUCGCCCUGGCAUGCAGCAAAUGCUUCGUACAAUCUCCAGGCCAAUAUGGAGAAGAAAGCUUUCACUAUGCAAGAACAGAUCCCCACAAUUGCGCUAAGAACACCUUGCUAUCUUGCAAGAAAAAUGAAGAGUUUCGUUACUGGAAUAAAAUUCGAGCACGGAUAAUGAAUGGUUAUCUUGGCAAAUAUCGACCUUGCCUUGAGUUUUGCAGUAAAAAAAGAUGUGCAGUUCCCAAAAACAAAUGUUUCUUCGGCCAUGGAGAAACAGAAAUCGAGUUUUGGACCAGAGAAAGAGAUGACAAAUUGGACAGAGGAAUUUUACUGGAGUAUCUCAAAACAUUGCCAAACCACAGGACAUGUGAGCUGGAGAUGGGUGACGCUAACCGUAACCGCAAUAUUGCUUCAGAGAUGACUGUUGCUAAUGAAGUAUGUUUGCCAAAUAAAGCACACAACACUGUUGGUAGGUCACUUGUGCCAAAAUUGACCGACGAACAACAAGAACGAGUGAAAGCUCUCCUUGAGCAUUGCAAGGGAAACUUCCUGUUCUGUUGUAAAAAAUGUUUUGAAGAAUCGUCCAAGAUUUGCAUACAAGAUUUCCAGAGAAAACGUCAAUGUAGUCAUUCACUGCAGCAAAACAGAAUGAUGAUGCAUUUGGUGGAGACUGAACAAGGAGCUGUAUAUUCUAGGAUUGGGACGGUGCACCCAAAAGCAGAACAUAACAAACAGUUUCAACUAUGUCGUCGCAUACUUCACAAAAACAUUGACAAUAAAAAGUCUGAGUGUGUUUUCGCUCACUCAGUUGCAGAGAAGCUGGUAUGGGAAUUGGAGGCUGAUUCAGAUAUUACACGAGAACAUAUUGUCGCAGCAUCCCUGUACCAGGCCCCGCAAGAUGAGCACAGAGAUGGAAAGAAUAUGCCAUUUCAGUUGAAGUGUGUAUGUAAAGAAUGCUGGAAAACAAAUGGAAAACUAGUUGACGAAAGCAGCCGAAUGCAAGGCCACUGUGACAAUGGUCUACACAAAUGGGAAGCUAGUAAUAUGGAAUUACUGUUAAACUUGAAGAGGAAAUGGAUAGCUGUUAACAGUAUUCCUAAGCAGUAUCAACUGUUAUCGAUGUGCAAACAUGCAGCUUUGGGAAAAGAUCAUUAUCAAAUAUUAAAAGGAGGAGAUUGCAUGAAUCCACAUAGUGAUGAAGAGAUGACCUUAUGGAAAUGGCAAGCGAAGUAUGAUGUACUUAAAAGAGAAGAUUUACAGAAGAUGAUGCACAUUCCAGUGAAACAGACAAAAACUCAUGAACAGAAUGAAAUGCUACCACAUCAAAUCAAGACUCAGUUAGAUCUUAACAAACAUUUGAUCAGUGCAUACUACUGUGAUUAUUGUGGUAAAAGCUGUGAUACUAAAAUCAACUUUCAACAACACUGUACGUCCUCCAAACACAAACAAAGAGUGAUGACCGAUAAAGAUAGAGAACAUGAAUGGCAAUAUAGACCACCACCAUGGAAUACAAAAAACCUUCAAAUAUGUCCAAGAGAAUCUAAGCACAAAGAUUCAUGCCCAUAUGGAGAGUGUGGUUAUGCACAUAGUGAAGAAGAAUUGGCAGAAUGGCGUGAAAGAAAAGACCAUCGCAAAAUGAAAAUGAAGCGAGCAAAAGAAACUCAUCUGUAUUCUUUUGUUGACAAAAUCCUUGAGAAGUACUUGAAUGAAAAUAAUAUUAUGCGAGAGAGCCUACAGAAUGUUAGCUGUGAAUGUUCAACUGAACUAGUCACUACACUAGAGAAAAAUAUUACUGAGCAAUCAACCUGGACAUGGGAAUUUAGAUUGACAUCAAAUACGCUACAAUUGAAACAAGUUGGGCUGCUUCAUGACAUUCACAGAGAGCACUUCUACCUAUCAUCGAGUAGUGAUGAACUGCAAGUUGCAUCAGGUAGUGGAUUUAUCACUGAAAAUGGAGACUAUAUAAUCACUGUUAGCUUUCAAUCCACUACCUAUGGAAGUUUCCAUCAGUGGGUAGUGUUUGAUUUCGGGUCUGAGCCUGUGUUAGUGCAAAAAAUAACAGCGCAUGUUGGUAAUCAUGCUGAUGUAAGCAGUCUACAAGAACGAAGACAACAAACCAAUGUGAAAGCAUGGAAUCCAUCCAAUAGCCACAUUAUUGACUAUGGAGAUGAUGACAUUAUUGACAGUUUUGAUCGUAAACUGCUAACAAAAUAUAAAGAUCCUUCAGAAUUUGCUGAGCAGGUUACAUACAUACGUGAGGAGCAAGUUAACAAAAGAAAUUACAUACAUCAGAUGCAUAAACUUCUUAACAUAGAGGAACUUAGUCAAAUGCAGUUGUUACAAAGCAUAAGUUAUGACACUACAAUUAAAGUGUAUGAUUCAGUGGAAUCUACGAAUACAACACUGUAUGCACCAGAAGGCCAAUUAUACAGUAAAAUUUUCUUGAAGAGAGAACUAUCUGAAGACUAUGAUGCUGGUAGACUCAUCAUCAGAAGCGUCUCAGACAUACUAAUUAAGCCUCAAGGUCAAACAAAGGAUACAGUUUACGAAGCCAGAGCGAUAGCUGAAGGCGGUAAACGAAAAGACUUGUUAAUUAUCAAACUAAGUAGUCGUUUCUGUCAAGACUUGACAGUAAAACCAGGCCACAAAAUUAAAGUAAGCAUUCAGUUCAAGCUGAACAGAGUGCCAUUCUGUCGCCAGCAUUAUGCAAUUGAUGGCAUGUGUGACGAUAAACUGGACAUCAUUUUCCCAGUUGUUCCAGGAUUACCAAUUCAGUCACACAGAGUUCCUAAAGUGGCAGGAAGGGAAAUGAACGAAAACCAACUAAAGGCUGUGGCUUCGAUACUGGCACCAAAACAGACAGUAUCACCAGCUUUGAUUAUAUAUGGGCCAUUCGGAACUGGAAAGACUUUCACACUAGCAGUAUCAGUGGAGCAAGUGGUUAAGAAGCAGCCUACAGCAAAAGUGUUAAUAUGUACACAUUCAAAUAGUGCUGCAGAUUUGUAUAUAACAGAUUACUUACAUCCAUUGGUUGAAAAAGGGAUCAAUGAGAUCAAACCAUUGCGUAUUCAUGCAGAAACAAUACGUGUUCAGUCUAUUCCGGAGGUUGUCCUUAAAUAUUGUCUAAUAAAAGAGAGAAGAGGUGUUGAGUGUGUGCACAUGCCCAUGGUGGAUGAUAUAGACCAAAUAAAGAAGUACUCGGUUAUUGUCACAACAUUGGCCAACUCGGUUGCAUUAAAGAGGAUUGGAUUGGAAGGGCACUUCACCCAUAUCAUUAUAGACGAAGCAGGACAGGCUUUAGAGUGUGAGGCGAUAACACCACUGACACUAGCAACAGAGAACACCAAGGUGGUUUUAGCUGGGGACCAUCAACAGAUGAGCCCAGAGGUAUAUUCCAAAUGUGCCAGGAAUCUCAAGUUUGACCAGUCGAUCCUGAAAAGAAUCUGUGACUACUAUAUUGAUAUUGGAACUAAGUCUGAACCCUAUCGUAUAAUGAUGGUAGAUAAUUAUCGCUGUCAGUCUGAUAUACUGCAAUUUAUAUCCAAGUCGUUCUAUGGUAGUCGGUUAAUAGCAAAGUCCAACCCACCACAGCCAGGGCAUCCAGACAUUCACCCCUUGUCAUUCUAUUCUGCAUAUGGCAGUGAAUUGAAGGUUGACACAUCAUAUUGCAACAUGGCAGAAGUUAUGGAGAUUUCUGACAGAGUAGAACAUUUAUGCAAACAUUGGCCCAAGGAUUGGGGAAAGAUUGAUUAUUCUAAAGUUGGGGUAAUUUCCCCAUAUUCAACUCAGGUACAACAAAUCCGGCAAUCUUUACGAAAAAGAUAUCUGACUGAAGUCACAGUUGACCGUAUUUUCAAUGUCCAAGGAAAGGAGUACCGUGCACUGUUUAUCAGUCCUGUUCGUACACAUGCUGCAGAAUCAUCUACAGAAAACUUAAAUUUAGGAUUUCUCACAGAUAGAAAACUUCUGAACACAGCUUUAAGUCGUGCACAGUCAAUGCUUGUAGUUGUUGGAGACCCUGUUGCCUUGUGUUCUAUUGAGGACUGUGCUAGGACAUGGCGAAGAUACAUACAAGAGUGUGAGAAACACAGUAGUUUGCACCCUGAUACCCUAACGAUAGAAAGUAUACAGCAACAGAUUUUGUCAAAAAUGAAACUCAAUCCUAAGGCCAGUGAGUUUAUCCCAAGAGGACACAUAGAUAAAGGGCCUGAGAAGAUGGCAUCAAGUGAACCCAUGAGUGAGCCAAACAAGCGACGACCUUGGCAAGAACCUACGGAACUGUCGUUCAGUGAAACAGGUGAUAAAGCUCCUAAGCACAGGUUGCCACAUGAUAAAGCCACUAGUAGUAUGGUUGAGUGGGAUGAUUGGGAGUCAGAUGAUGAAGAAGAGGUAUUAGAAAUAAGAGACCAGGAUAAAAUACUACAGGAAUUAGACCGGCAACUAACAGAGACCAGACGUAAACGCCAAGAAGGCAGAGAAUUUGAUAAUAUAUUAGAUACAGAUGAACGCAACAAUGAAAGAGUGAGAAAUGGUGCCAAUACUAACUUAUGGCAGAUUGCUUCAGACAGAGAGCAAAAAAGAAAGAAACAAAGAUUUGGUGCAGAUUAUGAUGAUGAGUAUGAUUCUGAAGAGGAUGAUGUAUGGAAUCCCUAUGAAGAUGAAAUACUGACAACAGAUGACAAUUCAGUGAUUAAAGAAUAUGAUAUUGAAUUAUUAGAAAAGAAGUUGGAAAAAGAACCAGCUACAUACAAACGAUGUAUUUUUCAUAAUGAAUCGUAUAAGUACUAUGCAGUGGAGCUGAAUUCAGAAGACCAAACUAUUAAAAUCAGUACUAGGCUGAAAUGUGGGAGGGCCCUGAACAAUGAUGAAGUAGUUGUUGAAAUCUUGCCAACUGACUGUGAAGAAGAUGAAGAAAGAGCAAUGUAUGGACAGGUGGUUGGAAUAUUGAAGAGAGCUGUGAAGCCAAGGCUGAUGAAAAUUGCAUGUGUUAUUGAUGAAUUUUCUAUUAAUCUUAUGGUGCCUCUCACUAAGGUUCUGCCAAAAAUGAUAUGGAUUUGUCCUGGACGUAAGGAAAGGCCUAAACAUGCAAUACCAGUGUGUCAAUUAUCAAAAAGUGGGCAUUUCAAAAUUGAAAGGUUUGAAAGAAUUGAUUUGGGUGAUCGUCACUUGAAGGUGUUUGUGGUUCGAUAUCUCCGCUGGGAUCCACAUUACCGCUAUCCUAUUUGUGCAGUUAUGGAAGUUCUUCCUCCUGGAGACACACUGGUCAACGGAACAAGAAUUUUAAAGAUGGCAUAUCGAGUGAAAGAAACAUACUCAAAGGCAGCAAAACAAGAAGUAGCACGAUUAUAUCCAGAUUCCUGGCGAAUACCUCCACGUGAAAUAUCGUGUAGGUCAGACCUUCGCAAUUUACAUACAUUCACAGUUGACCCUGAAGAGUCUACUGAUUUGGAUGAUGCACUUAGUGUUGAAUGCUUACCAGACAAGUCUUAUGGAAUUGGGAUUCACAUAGCUGAUGUUUCCUACUUCAUACCACCUGGGAGUGAACUUGAUAAAGAGGCUAGACGUAGAGCAACAUCCAAUUACCCACAUAAACAGAAAGCUGUACAUAUGUUGCCACCACAGUUAAGCGCCAAUCUAUGUAGUCUGCAACCCAAUGAAGACAGACUAGUCAUAACACUGAAAGUCAUUAUGGAUGACGAAGCAAAUAUACUGAAGACUCCAGAGGUCAGUCGUAGUAUAAUUAGAAGCACAUCAAGACUAACGUAUAUUGAAGCAGAAAACAUUAUAAAGAAAAAUGGAAAAAGCUCUGUUGUGCAACAAAGUAUACUGAUACUUCAUCGUUUAGCAACAAAAUGCCGUGAACGUCGUCUUGGUAGUGCAGCAUUGGUCUGUAACUAUGAUGAUGAAGAUACAUUGAAUUCACCUUUAGCUCAUUCUAUGAUAGAGGAAAUGAUGGUAAUGGCAAAUAUGCAAGUAGCCUCAUUGCUGAUGUCUGUUUUUCCAUCAUGUACUCCUCUCCGAACACAGCUGCCCCCAAAUCCGGAUGCUCUUCAGAACUGGAAAGAAAAACACCAACAUCAUUUACGAAAUAGUGUGAGCAUGACUGCAAAAGCAAAACUUCUGAAUAUGGAGGAAAUCCUAUCAAAAAAUGACCAGGAAAAUGUAAAUGUCAACAUUUUCAAUGAUAUAUGGGAAAGGAUAGUAAUGCUCUGUCAACAUGGAGAUGUGAACAACUUACGAGAAGUAAUUCUGAAUGACCAGAAUCAUCCCCAGUUAUCCAUUAUGACAAAUAACUACUUUCAAAUACAAUCACGAGCAGUGUAUGCAAGUUCAAAUAACAAUAUAAACAAAGAACACACAACCCACUUCUCUCUGAACACAGAAGGAUAUACCCACUUCACAUCGCCCAUACGGCGAUAUAUAGAUAUAGUUGUACAUCGACUACUGAUAGCUCAUUUAAUGUCACAAGAACCACCGUAUGAGAGUGCAGAAGUCAUGGAAAUUUGUGAACAAUGUAAUCAGCAAGCAGCUACUGCUAACGAAUUUGAACGUGCCACCAGGGCUUUAUACUUGGCAACGAGCCUCAGAGAUCAACCUCAGUGUGUUCUAGCUGCAGUAGAUGCCACAUUUGAGAAGAAAAUAUGUCUUAAUCUUCCUGGGUAUAAAGAGGUUGCACUGACUGAGCGUGUAGCAAACUUUAAUCACUUGCAGCCAUGUUCUGAACCUAGUAUUACAAGUGACAAUAGUCCAGUUACAUUGAAGUGGAAAGAACGGAUUUAUGAUGCUAAUGAUAAUACUGUUGAUGUUCCAAAUGAUGCACAUAACGUCCAGCCAACCCAUAAAACUGUAGUCCUAUCAACACAAAGAUUUGUGAAAUGUAUACCAUCUCAACUUUGGUUACGUAUUGUAUCUGCUGUACUUGCAGGCAAUGGCACACAAUUGAGCACUGCCAUCAAUAAUUACAUGCAUACUUGUAGAAACGUUACAAGUUGUACAGAAGUCGAAAUGUGUGGACCCAAAAAACACUCAUCUGAAUUCGAAAGAACAUAUUCUUGUGGAGAAGUUGUGGAAGUGCAACUCUCAUCCCAAAUGAAACGUGGAAUUUUGACUCCCAUGAUCCAACUCUUCAAUCUAAGCCCUAAAGUAGAUGUAUGUCUUGCUCAUCGCCGAAAUCCAGUGCAUUGCUUUGCAGCAGUUGCAAAUAAAAGAGUGCCAAUUUUGAAGAAUCGGGACAAUCUUCAUUCAUACCAGAAUAUUUGGCAAGGAAUUAUUGCUAUGGAAGCUGCUCACCAAGCAGUACACAGCGGCGAGAAAUUGAUACUCAAUAAUAUCCUGAUAUGUUGGUCACAAAUUGGGAAUGGUGAUCAAAAGGAAAUUAUUGGUACACUGCGGUUACCAGUUCAGUUUUGUGUGGACAGACAACUUCACUUGUAUGGAUUCUUGUGUGUAAGAUACCCAUCUAUCAGAAAUCGGGCGGUUGACAGAGUAAACAAGGGAAACACGUGGAUAGGUCAUUGUGUUGUUACUCAAUUAAAAGAUGAAGAGACAGAGAAUUUCAUUGAGGUUCGUCUGCGGGUUCACGAAAGUGUAAUGAAGAUGCCGGAUAAUAUAUUGCGUCAACCAGCAGAACAUCUUUCCCCAUGUACAGUAGAAGUCAUCCCAAAGGCAUCUUCUGAUAGUCGCAUGGAGAAUGCCAUUCGUAAUCUUGCAAAUACAUCUGAAUUAGUGAAAAACAUAUGCAUGGGAAAGAGAAUCAUUAUGGAAGAAAAUAAACAAGCAUUAUUGGUAAAGGAUACAGAAAUUAAGCCAUCUCAUCCAUUCUAUAAGUUAAAUCGUGUGCAAGAUGAUGUUGUGAAAAAAGCUCUACGCGAACCGUUUACACUAAUUCAAGGCCCUCCAGGUACUGGGAAAACUGUUACUGGCGUACACAUAACCUAUUGGUUUAAUCACUUGAACAAACAAAUGAGUGGAGCAAAAAAACAGUUGUUAUAUUGUGGACCAUCUAAUAAAUCCAUUGAUGUGGUUACAAGUUAUUUGAAAAGACUUCCUCUGGGGGACUUUGGUAUGAAAAUAGUCCGAGUAUACAGCGACAAUAUUGAGCAGAAGGAAUUCCCAAUUCCUGGAACUCCACAGCAGAGGAGCAAGAGACGUGACGUGAUAAUGCCUCCAGAACAUCAAUGUGUAUCUUUACAUCACUUGAUUAGACAGAAAUCAAAUCAAUUCAGUGAGGAAAUUAGGGAAUUUGAUAGACUCUUCAAAGACCAGAAUUAUUCGCCGACUCGAGAAGACAUUGGGAAAUACAAAUCCACAGUUUCUAAAGCAGAAGCAGAGGAGCUAACGAAUUGUGACGUUAUUCUUUGUACAUGUAGUACAGCAGGCUCAAGGCGACUUGCUGAUUGCAACAUCCAACAGUGUAUCGUCGAUGAGUGUGGUAUGUGCACUGAACCUGAAGUUGUUGUACCUCUUGUAGCAUCUAAGCCACUUCAAGUAGUCCUUAUUGGCGACCAUCGUCAACUACGUCCAAUUGUCACUGAAUCGAUGGCAAAGAAGUUAGGAAUGGAGAUAUCUCUACUGGAACAGUAUCAGAUGAAAGCUGUAAUGUUAACGGACCAAUAUAGAAUGCACCAGGGUAUAUGUAAAUUCCCAUCUACUCAAUUCUAUAAUGGACAACUAGUAACUGGUGAAUGUGUUCGUAAAAGACCACAGGGACUUAACAUCUGGCCUAACCAAGAUACACCAACUGUCUUCUGUCAUAUCAUUGGGAAAGAAGAGUCCUUGACUGUGUCUACUGCUGAAGGGGGUGAAGAAUCUAAAAGUAAUUCACUAGAAGUUGAACAAGUGGUGCGCAUUGCCAUUACGUUAGUUGUACGUCACAAGGUCAAAUCCAGAUCCAUCAUAAUAUUAUCUCAAUACAGAGCCCAAUGCGCUGAAAUCACUAAACGUUUAGAAGAAAAGGGAUACCCAGAAAUCAAUGUCAGCACAGUCAUUAUAAGCCAAGGUAGUGAGUGGGAUUAUGUUUUGUUUUCCACUGUGAGAUCUAUUCCAAAAAAUCAAAUUGAGGAGAAACCAUCACGUGGUUGGUUGCUAAACCACCUGGGAUUUAUAACAGACGAACAUCAAAUCAACGUGGCAAUCACUAGAGCUAAAUUGGGAUUGAUUCUUGUCG